CGGAAUGCUAAUGUGGCUAUUUCAGUUAAUGCUAUUGAAAAUGGCUGCGACGAUGCCGAUCCAAAGUGUCCGGAAUGGGCAGCUGAGGGCGAAUGCUCGUCGAACGCCGUUUGGAUGAUGGCAAAUUGUCGAAAGUCGUGCCAUUCGUGCCAAGGUGGCGAUAAGGCAUGGAAAUUGCGGACUCAUAUUCAGGCCAACUAUCAUAAUGCUAGCGAUAGCACGACUAGAAUUGUACGAGUUGAAAGCGUUCGAGUGAACAACGUGGAGAUAAAUACGUAUGGUGGCUUAGGGGUUUAA